AUGUCCUAUGACAAGAUGCAAGUGGAAGACAAUGUUUCCUCUGUGACUCAAUUUGUACUCUUGGGAUUCUCUGACCUUCCCAAACUGCAAGGGUUACUAUUUGGGCUGUUUACCAUCAUUUAUAUUAUUAUCUUAGUUGGAAACAGCCUCAUCAUCAUAGUAACCAGGCUUGACCCCGCUCUGCAGAAACCCAUGUAUUUUUUCCUGGCCAACUUUUCCUCACUGGAGAUCUGUUAUGUGUCAGUCACUCUUCCUAGGAUCCUGAAGAACCUGUGGACUCAGGACAGAUCCAUUUCUAGGCUGGGAUGUGCCACCCAAUUGUGCUUCUUCCUUAUUUUUGCAGCCAUAGAAUCUUUCCUGCUGACCGUGAUGUCCUAUGACCGCUACGUGGCCAUCUGCAACCCCCUGCACUACCCUCUGGUCAUGAACCACAGGAUGUGUGUCCAGCUGGCUGUUGGCGCCUGGGUCAUCGGGAUCCCUGUCCAGAUAGGACAAACAUGUCAAAUAUUCUCUCUGCAUUUCUGUAACUCCAACCAAGUCAACCACUUCUUCUGUGACCUCCCCCCUUUGAUCAAGGUGGCCUGCGGGGACACGUCACUUAAUGAACUGUGUGUCUACUUAGUUGCUCUGCUUUUUGCCACAAUCCCCUUUGUACUGAUACUUAGUUCUUAUGUCAAAAUCAUUUCUACCAUCCUGAAAUUACCCUCAACUACAGGUCGGUGCAAAGCCUUCUCCACCUGCUCUUCCCAUCUCAUAGUUGUGGUUUUAUUCUUUGGGUCUGCUUGCACCACCUAUUUCAUGCCCAAGUCCAAUCAUUCUGCAUUAACUGACAAACUGCUCUCUCUUUUCUACACCAUAGUGACUCCCAUGCUUAAUCCCUUAAUAUAUAGCCUUCGGAACAAGGAUGUGGUUUCAGCACUGAAAAAAUUCUUCCUUAAAAACUAG